ACAGCCCUGGGGGGAUGGGAGGAUGUAGGGUCCGGCCCUGCCCCAGACUCCCCGUGUCCAAUUUCUCCAUGUCAGCUGUGCUGCUCAGCUGUCCACUUUCCUCCAGCCCUGUCAUUUCAGCUCUGCCACCAAGGUGAGAGGCUAGAAGGCCUACAAAUCCAUCUGAUUAGUUGGUGUGCGUACGAAGGGUACUGGGGGGCUUAGCCCCCAAGGAAGAGGAUCGCCCAUCCCCUGCACGACCAUCAAGGCCCUAGGGGAUCCCUUUUUCCCCACAGACUGAGGACUGACUUAGGGAAUCCCAAACGAUGACAGAAAAAGAGGUGCUAGAGUCCCCUAAGCCCUCCUUCCCAGCAGAGGCACCGCAAAGUGGGCUACAGCGGCUGAAGCAGUUAUUCAGGAAGGGGUCUCCAGAGCCAAAGGAGAUGGAGCUUCCCCCAGAGCCGCAGGCCAAUGGGGAGGCAGUGGGAGCCGGGGGUGGGCCAAUCUACUACAUCUAUGAGGAAGAGGAGGAAGAAGAAGAGGAGGAGGAGCCACCCCCAGAACCUCCUAAGCUUGUCAAUGACAAGCCCCAUAAAUUCAAAGAUCACUUCUUCAAGAAACCAAAGUUCUGUGAUGUCUGUGCCCGGAUGAUUGUGCUCAAUAACAAAUUUGGGCUCCGUUGUAAGAACUGCAAAACCAACAUACAUGAACAUUGCCAGUCCUACGUGGAGAUGCAAAGAUGCUUUGGCAAAAUCCCACCUGGUUUCCGAAGGGCCUAUAGCUCCCCACUCUACAGCAAUCAGCAGUAUGCUUCCUCCACCAAUCGCAAUGACCCUGUGUUUGAAACCCUGCGCACCGGGGUGAUCAUGGCAAACAAGGAAAGGAAGAAGGGACAGGCAGAUAAGAAAAAUCCUCUAGCAGCCAUGAUGGAAGAAGAGCCAGAGUCUUCCAGGCCAGAGGAAAGCAAGCCUCAGGAUGGAAACAGCCCUGAAGGGGACAAGAAGGCUGAGAAGAAGACACCUGAUGACAAACACAAGCAGCCUGGUUUCCAGCAGUCUCAUUACUUUGUGGCUCUCUAUCGGUUCAAAGCACUGGAGAAGGACGAUCUGGAUUUCCCGCCAGGGGAGAAGAUCACUGUCAUUGAUGACUCCAAUGAGGAGUGGUGGCGAGGGAAAAUCGGAGAGAAAGUUGGGUUUUUCCCUCCCAAUUUCAUCAUUCGGGUCCGUGCUGGAGAACGUGUGCAUCGGGUAACGAGAUCCUUCGUGGGGAACCGAGAGAUCGGGCAGAUCACUCUCAAGAAGGACCAGAUCGUGGUGCAGAAAGGAGACGAAGCUGGAGGCUACGUCAAAGUCUACACCGGCCGCAAGGUGGGGCUGUUUCCCGCCGACUUCCUGGAGGAGAUUUAGGUGUGCCGGCACCUGCAGGCCGGAAACACCUGUGCUCCAUUCUGGGCGGGGCCCAGUGGAGGUUGGGGAGAAAAAAAGGAACGAAAGCAAUUGGACUGCGGGUGGGGAGGGUUGGGAAGGCGCACCAACCAAGACGGAGCUUCCGGGAAAGGGACUGGUUCCUGCCUCCCUCCCCCGACCUGGGGCUUCGAUGAUUUUUGCUAUUCGUUGCCUGGAGCAGCCCGUAUCCCGCAAGCCCCUCAAGGCCUU